UUAAGAUCGAAACUUGCCCCAAAUCUUGAAAUCUUAUCAUUAUUCCUCCUCCUCCUCUUCCGCCUCCUCCUCCUCCUCUUCCUCCUCCUCCUUUAUUUACUUAUUGCCUUUAUAAGUUCGUAAUUCAAGAUGGCGGCGAGAAAUCUGUUGCUUCUGUCCAAUUCAACGGUUCAUGGGAGCGGCUACCUCGAGUGGGCGCAGGAACACAUCAAGGACUUUUUAAUGAGGAGGUCAGUUCGCAGAGUGCUGUUUGUGCCCUAUGCAUUACGGGACAUGGACUCGUACACAGAGAAGGCUGCUAAGAAGUUCACUGCCUGGGGCUUUGAGUUGACCAGCAUCCACCAAGCGUCUGACCCCAUAACAGCUGUUCGUGGAGCCGAGGCAAUAUUUGUAGGCGGCGGUAACACAUUCCAGCUCCUCAAGGCCUUGUACAACCACCAACUACUUGACCCCAUCCGACACAGGGUUCUCAAGGAAGGCGCCCCGUACAUAGGAAGCAGCGCAGGAACCAACGUCGCCACCACCUCCAUCAACACCACCAAUGAUAUGCCAAUCGUUCACCCACCCUCCUUCAACGCACUCUCUCUUGUUCCCAUCAACAUCAACCCCCAUUAUAUUGACGCUAACCCCGCCAAUACACACAUGGGGGAGACGCGUGAGGAGAGGAUAAUGCAAUACCACGAACUCCCUGACGUGCCCCCAGUGCUGGCGUUGCGAGAAGGUUCCUUGUUGAAAGUAGAAGGAGAUUUGGCAACCCUGCAAGGCCUCUAUGCUGCUAGGCUGUUUGUAAGAGGUAAACAGCCAGAGGAGUUUGCAGUCAAUUCAGAUUUGUCCUUCCUUCUCAAGUAAACAACAACUACAACAACUACAACAA